AUGUCUAAAAUAGCGAAGAGUGCUAUAAAUUGGGUAGAACUAGAGAAACGAGUGCCACCAGAAGAGAAGGUUAAGUUUUUUGCUUUCAAAGCAAAAUCGGAUGCAUACGUUCGACGCAUGCAGGCAUCACCUCCAGAGCCUCCUAAAAUAAACUGGGAAGAAUAUCAGAAACUAGUUCCAGUCCCAGGUCUCGUAGACAAGUUCAAGACGGAAUACUCUUCAUUCAAGGUCCCAUAUCCUCAAGAUACUUUCUCCGCUGAGGUAGACAAUGAAUGGAAAAAGUUGGAACCUCAAAUAUUGAAGUACAGUAACAAAAUGAAAGAACAUGUUGCUAAGGCACAAAAAGAAAUUGCAGCAAUUAACGCUCUUCCUAAAUUUGAAGAUAUGACGAUGGAAACGGUGCAUGAUAUGUAUCCAGAGAUAGCACUGGAUCCUGUGAAUAAACCAACAUUUUGGCCCCACACCGAAGACGAGCAACUGGACUAUAAAGACCCAAUGCAGAAAAUUGACAUCCCCAAGAAAUAA